AUGACCGUAAACGCGAACUACGGGCUGCUGCGUUCGUUGAACGUUUUGUUUUACAUUUCGUCCAUUUUCGGCGUCAUACCGUACUCGUUGCGCGUGUUCGCCAAGCGCCACGUGUUGCAGGUGUCGAUCAUUGGUAACGUUUGGGUCGUAUGCAGCUUGAUCGUGUAUACGGGGCUCUACCAUGUUGCCACCACCAACUACGUGAACGAGGACUGGGGCACACAAAAAACGCUCACCAGCGCGAUUGGCAUCUUCAUCAUCUACAUGGAACCGCUGAUGAUGGCGUCGGACAUGGUGGCUGGCAUGAUCAACCAGAAGCGGCUUACAGUGUGUUUCGAUCGUAUCGCACGAGUUGACAGUCUCCUGUCCGGGGAAGGCAUCCUGAUCAACGAUCUACGGCUUCGGCAUACCUGCAUCGCGCUGUUACUGCUUGUGCUGUUGUUCGAGGCGAUCAUCACGGGGUACAGCUUUGUGGUGUUUGAAGAACACCUGACGCUUUGGUCGAUGAUAUGGUUCAUAACGGCCAUUCCGACGGCACUGAACUCGGUGUGUCGCACGUGGUACGUCAUGCUUGUGGCCGCCGUUCGCCAACGUUUCAACGCAAUGAACGCGCACAUGAACGUCAUAGCGAACGGUGUAUUGCACUACAAGGAUCGGUUCGUUGGAGACCAGGACACGGACAUCACCGAGAUCCCGCUCGAUUACCUUGAGAAAGAGAUUUUCACCGUGUACGCGCAACACAAGCAGAAGCUGGGUGUGGCGUCACCACCGAAAAAACCCACCACCAAAAUUAUCACAGUAAAGGCGUACCAGGAGAAGCAACCGAUGGGUCAGAAUGUGGGACCACAACCGGUCAUUCCUCGGCGCAACAGCGCCAUUCAGCCAUGGGAAAACACGGAAGGUCUGGGACCUGCUCAGCAGUACCUUCCAAGUGAUCUUCGGCAGCGGCCCAACAUCGAGCACCGGAUGGACAAUAAGCUGAUUCUGAUCUGCCGCAUGCACGAUGAGCUGUGCGAGAUUGGCAAGAUCGUCAACCGUAUGUUUAGCGUGCAGAUGCUCGUUGCGAUGGCGCAUGGUUUCGUGGCGAUAACGGCACAGUUCUACUUCCUCUACUGUGGGUUGACGAACCAGGAAGUUCCGGUACUGUUCCGCUCCGCCGAGGUAUUCCUGCUUUCGUUGACGUACAUCGGUUACACCGGGCUCAAGUGCGUUGUGCCGAUAUUUGUGUGCUGGAAAACGAGAACCGAUUCGCAAAGGACCGGCAUCGAAAUGCACUACCUAGCGAAUGCGGUAGACGAGUGCCAUUGCUACGAGGUGGUGAACCACCUUUCGUUGAAGCUGUUGAAUCAUCAUCUCAACUUUAGCGCGUGUGGCUUUUUCGAUCUGGAUAUGACGACGCUGUAUGCGAUUACCGGCGCAAUCACGAGCUACCUGAUCAUACUGAUCCAGUUCAAUCUGGCAGCGAUACAGAAGUCUAGCAGCAACUCGACAACCACCGCCUCCAACGAAACCUCCACAGCCCUGGCGAUUAUUGAAGAUGUCGUCAGUACUGCGAUUUCGACGUACGUUUCCAAUUGA